AUGGCCGCAUCCGCAGGGCCCAGCGGCCUCCCUUCCACCCCGCGCGGCACCUACACCUCGACCGGCACCCCUCGCUCGGCCCGCCGCCUCCUCAACCCGAGCACCCCCUCGUCCCGCGCCUCGUUCGCCCACCAGCAGCCCUCGGCCUUGCUGCAGCAGCAGCAGGCCCAGGCCCCCGUCCUCGCCCCUCUCGCCCCGAUCAACAGCCGCGCCUACCCGGACCGCCCCUACGCCGACGACGACGACCUGCGACUCGUCAUGGACGCCGACCGCGAUGCCGUCGACACGGCGUGCCACCUCCUCGGCGCCAGCCUCGCCCACCAGCGCAAGGCCGUCCUCGAGGCCCUCGAGGAAAUGUCGGCAGAGAAGCGCCGCCUCGACAAGAUGACGCGCGAGCUCGGCGACGCCGCCAAGGACAUGGUCCGCACCGUCCAGCGCGAGAAGGACGAGCUCGACCGCGCGAGGGAGCUCGAGGGCGACGUCACGGCGCGCGGUAGGGCCCUCGCCGUCCAGGUCGAGACGGCCCAGGCCGAGGUCAAGGAGGUCCUCGCCAAGCUCGCCGCGAGGAGAGAGCUCAAGGACAAGCAGCGUGCAGCCUUCUCGCAGCAGGUGUCGCGCAACGGCCCCGAGCUCGCCUUCUUCGAGCACAAGCUCGGCCUCAAGAUUCGCGGCCGUGCUCCCGACGUCAUCCAGUUCAAGUUCCAGCACAUCGACCCGGCGUCGCACGCGCGCACCUUCUCGUUCGACCUCGACGUGUCGCAGCCUACCUACGCUCUCUCCUCGCCAACGCCCGCCUCGCUCCUCCCUCCCUCGCUCUCGGCCCCGCUCCUCGCCCACCUCAACACGUCGCGCGACCUGUACCGCUUCGUGCGCGCCCUCCGCGCCGCCGUCGUCGCCGAGGUCAAGGUCGAGAAGGUGCUCGGCGCGGGCGGCGCAGAGGCCGAGCGCGAGAGGGAGCGCAGGAGGGUCCGCGAGCGCGAGGCGAGGGAGGGCGAGCGCGAGAGGGACGACGCCGAGGGCGGAGCGGGCGUCAGGGGUGCGAGGGGGGUCGGCGUCGGUGCGUGA